AAAAAAUGGAGCAAAAAUCAAACUAGAGGCCUUCCAUUUGGGUCACCGUAGCGUAGUGCGAACGAAAAUCAAAUUUCCGUCCGUCAUGAGCACUUAAAUGGAAUUUCGGGGCAGUAGCAACAGUAGCCAUUCUUCGACGGAGCUCUCUGCAUGCUCCUCAUCUUUUCCGCCGUGGUCGUUCUCCGCAUCGGAGUUCGAUCAGCCGUUUACAGAGCAACAACUCCAAGCAAUUGAGGCCAUUGAAGCUGCUUAUCAAUCCACCAGCGCCAAAAAACGACGACCAAAUUCCACGCCCGACGGAAACGAGGUCUCAUGCGUUUCUCCCGACACCGGCCGUCGACUGCCUCGUUCCAUUUUUUCUCAUCAGUCUCCACGUUUUUCUCCCCUAUCGCCCUGUCGAGUAAACUCGAAGAUGAGGUUUCCUGCAUUGAAUUAUGGUGGCCGAAUUAUUUACAGUAGAACUGUGAGUGAGGUCGAUAGAGCGUCUAGGGAGCUAGCGAAGAAAAUCAACUCCACGAGGAAAGCAAUGGAUCAAAUUACUAUUGGGUUCGACAUCGAGUGGAGACCCUCAUUUAAAAGAGGUGUUCCACCCGGAAAAGCAGCAGUUAUGCAACUGUGCCUGGAAAAUUCUGAAUGCCAUGUGAUGCAUAUCAUUCAUUCGGGAAUACCUCAAAGUUUGCAGGCUCUUCUAGAGGAUGACACACUCAGCAAGGCUGGAGUUGGGAUUGCCAGUGAUGCUUCAAAAGUUUUUAAAGAGUAUAAUGUGUCUGUCAAACCAUUGAACGAAAUUUCAGAUCUAGCUAAUCAAAAGCUUGCUGGAGUUCCCAAAAAAUGGGGUCUUCGGGCUCUAACUGAGACGCUUAUAUCAAAAGAGCUUCAAAAGCCCGACAGAAUCAGACUUGGGAACUGGGAGGUGGCUGUGUUGUCAAAGGAUCAGCUGCAGUAUGCUGCCACAGACGCAUUUGCUUCUUGGUAUUUACACGAGAUCUUAAAAGGAUUUCCACAUGUUGAAAAAGUAGCAGAUUCAGAGCCAAUAGCGUGAUGUUGCUGUUACGAUAACAUUCAAUACUCGCCUUGAGAUUGAAGGCUCGAUUCACAGCUAAGUUAUCCAAUUGCUCUAUUUAAUCUUUUUGUUGAAAUUGUUUCUUGGCUUAAGAAACUAAAAUGAUUAAUUAAUCUUAAGCAGCCAUGUUAUUUCUAUUUUUCGUCACUGAUUUUAUGUUGAAUUACAAAUUGUCUAUGAAAUUAAUGUCUAAUAGGUCCUUGAAAUUUCAGUUUUGUUGCAUUAGGUCUUUUUAAAAUUCAUCACCCAGGUGACACUUAUUUUAAAGUUUAAUGUCUUAUUAGACAUAAAAUUGUUAAA